GCCCUCUCCAAAACAACAAACCAGAAUCAUGUCGGAUUACACAGUCACCCUGACCCCCAUCAACCUCCAUCACCCAUCCGACUAUGCUACUCUCCAGCACCAACGCAUAAUCUGUGGCUGGGAUCACACCGAUGAGGCUCUUCUGGCCUGGCGUGCAAAGCAAGACGCAGGCCUGAAAUCCUUCUUCUGGAUCAACCUCACCACCUCCACCUCGACCAGUGAUAGUGCCAGCACCAGCCCAAUUCAAGCAGGUCACAUCUCGCUCGACGCCUACGCAAACCCCCCAGACCCCGAUCUCGCCACCGCCGACCGCACCAAUCUCACCAUCCAGUCUUUCUUUAUCCUCCCGGAGUACCGCAAAGGUGGGCUCGGACGCAAGGCAAUGGAUCUGGUGGAGGAGCGGGCGUGCCAGGACCCGCGUUGCAAGUAUGUGACCCUCAACGCGGUUAGUAAAGAGUACUAUACCGACCCGGAGAGGCGGAGGUGGAUCGAGUGGAUUCGCGGGGAGGGAAAGCUGCCUGUUGCUGAGUGGUAUGAGAAGAUGGGGUAUGUGCGGUGGAAGACGGAGCCUAGGUAUACGGAUUGGACGCCAGAUGGAGAGGAGGUGGUGAUCGAGGCGGAUUUCAUGAGGAAGGUUGUAAGGUAGAGGUUGAUUUGGAUUGAUUCUGUAAAAUAUGCAGAGUGGAGUGGCUGGUGUUGUGAUUCACGUCUGGAUCAGUGUUUUUGAGGCGAAGCGUUUGUGAGAAGAUUAGUGCUGAAAACGGAUACUGGUGAACGUUAGAUAUAGUAGACCGAAGACUGGAAAGCUGUGUGAUUGGUAUCACCACACUUCUCAAGAUCUGGUGAACAAGUCUUGUAUAUAAGUUUUUGCAGUGAAUGAAGGCC